UUUAUGCAUCUCGGAACGCUAUAGCGUGUGUGCGUCUUCGUGUUAUGAUGCAAAAAAAAAGCGUUAAUUAUAACCUUACGAUUAGGAGUUCUCUUAUUUUUAAUCUAACUCGAAUCUCAUUAGAACAUAUUGCUGUAAUCUGAGUAAAACUGCACGCACAAUAUGAAGUUUUCAGAAGGAGAAGAAGUACUUGUAAAACAUCCAAGUACUGAUAGAUACCAUAAAGGUAAAAUAUUAAGUAUGAGAGGUGAACGGUAUAAAGUACAAUUUGAAACAGGCACUGAACAGUAUGUUCAUUCAACUGAUAUUAAGAUGAAUAGGCCAUCAAGAAGUACAACAAGAGCUAGUAGUAAAAGUAGAAAAAGUCCCACUAGAUAUUCAUCACUCAGAAAAUCUCCACGCAAACGUUCACCUGGAAGAUCUCCAUCUGUAAAUAGACAAUCUACAAGGACUCAAAAAUUUGCAAAAAUUUCUCUACCACGAAUAGAAAUACCUAGGGAUAUGCAGGAUAAUGACAAUACUGACAGUAAAAAGAAUAUAAAUGAUGACGAACAUUCUGUUGAAUCAAUGCCUCUACAAUCGCGAUUGAAAGAACUAGGAACAAUGACGCGUAGAUCAAUGAGAUUGUUAUCUGGUACGCUAAAACCUGAAUCAGAUCAUAAAAUGGUUUUAUUAACGCGAAAUAUUAAUCGAGCUGUCUCACUUCCCAUAGAAAGGAAGAGUCAAAUGCAUGAUUUUAGCGUUGACGUGAAGGAAAGGGGGCAUUCAGUACAAAGAGAUCAAGAUUUAUUAAAAACUAUAAAUUAUGAAAAAGAUGUAGAUAUAAAUCCACAAGUAAUAGAAAAACGAAAGAAAGAAAUCAGCAUGGUUAGUGAACCACAAGAAUGGGGUGGAUGGUUUGGAACCCUUCUUCUUAUAGUUUUAUCACCCGUGAUAAUGAUACUACCGCAAUUAAUGUGUACAAAAGAUGAAUGUAUACUUGGAUAUCCUAAGAUGCUAACAGACGUAACGUUAUACGUAGAUCUUAGAAUUUUUACUGCAUAUUUAGGUCUCUUUUUAUUUGUAAUAAUUUUUUCGACUAUACCGAUUGGACGAAAAAUUGAUGGACCACAAAAUAGAAUUGGAAGAUUACAGUAUCGUCUAAAUGGUUUUUUAUGCAGCCUUUUAUCAGUAAUCAUAUUUGGUGCGUGUAUAUAUAAAGAACUAGAAGUCACUGAUCUCGUUAUACGAAAUUCCGUACAAUUUUCAAUUAGCGGUUGGAUUCUUGGAACGAUUUUAUCAUUAUUAUUAUUUGUAAAGGGCGGCAAAGCUCCUGUAGCUAAUCUAAACAUACAUGGAUCUACUAACAGUGUGAUAUAUAAUUUUUGGCAAGGGAGGGAAAUAAAUCCACGAAUUGGUCCUGUGGAUAUCAAAAUAAAUCUUUUUCGGACUUCCAUGAUAGCAAUAAUUCUCAUAAAUUUGUCCAUUGUGAUAAAAACAAUUGAAGAAACGGAAACAUAUAGUUUAGAGUAUCUUAACAUAGGUGUUAUGUUAGGAACUUUAUUGCAAAUAAUUUAUGCGAUGGACGCACUCUUCUUUGAAUCUGCAAUACUAACGACUUUUGAAAUAAUGUAUGAAGGAACUGGUUACAUGUUAUGUACCGGUUAUAUGAUGUACCCAUUUUUAUUGGCUCUUACAACAAAGUACAUGUUAUAUCACAAAACACAAUUCACUUAUCUGUUUGUCUUUCCUAUACUUGCAUUUAUAAUUGGAUAUUUGCUAUAUAGAAUGAGCAAUUUACAAAAGAAUGAGUUCAGAAGAAAUCCUUUAUCUCCAUCAUUAAUGCACUUAGAAACCAUACCAACCACCCGUGGUAAGAAGCUUAUAGUAUCUGGAUUAUGGGGUCAUGUAAGACAUCCGAAUUAUUUAGGUGAUAUAAUAAUGUGGUGGUCAAUAUCGUGUAUAAGUUUGGCACAUAAUAUUUUGCCUUAUUAUUAUGCAAUUAUAUGUACAGGAUUGUUGAUAUAUAGAGCAAGAAGAGAUAAUGAACGUUGUAAAAUGCGUUAUGGUUUAGCUUGGGAACAAUACACGUCACGUGUUAAGUACAUGAUUUUAUAUCGUAUAUUUUAGAAUAUAAUAUGUAGAGAAUAUUAGCAAAGCUACCUUUAGAUACCAAAAUAUGUUAUAAAAUUGUACCUUUAAAAACUGCAAUGCUCAUUAUUUUAUAGAAUAUUUUAGUCGUAUUAGAAUCGUUAUAUAGAGUCCAUAUGCACACGCAACACACACGUGAAACAACAAAUAGGGUCCAAAUCUAUGGAAUAUAAAACCAAAAGAAAUGAUUGUAUAACAUUAAGCACUAAAUUAAGCAUGUCAUUUCUUUAAUUCUUUAAAGCAAUGAACAAAGCGCGAUUAUCAAAACAGUACAUUUUAGACAUAAUUAAGAGACAUUGUUGAUAUAAAUAUAUGUAAUAUAAAGUAUAUUUCUAUUAUAAAGACAAUUACAUGAUGUAAAGACAAAAUAUGAUGUAAUGAACAAAUUGAAGUAAGAAUUUUUAUACUUUUUAUACAGAAAUG